AUGUCCUCCGAAUUUGACAAAUACUUUCAAGAAUUCCUUUCUGAUGGCCUAGAUACUUUCGAUUUCGACGCUUACUUCAACACUGGCGAUGGUUUGAGCGGCAGUGGCUUUGACUCAACCACUUUGACCGACGUGCCCUCGAAACACGCCCUGGAGGGCGACCAGUCCAAAGGCAUAUCUCUGGCUGAAGGGCAACCGGCGACGCUGACCAAUCCUGGCCAAUCGGAGCCGUUUGGUAGAACGUCCGACCUCACUCGUCACGUGAGAAGUGUUCAUGAAGCGGCGUGUGGUCAUAUUUGCCCAUAUGAGUCCUGCCCAGCACACACGGAUGGCUUUAAGAGACAGGACAAACUGCGGAAACACCUGAGAGAAUAUCACCCCCGCGUACAAUGCCAACAGGCUCACUGCUGUGCUAUUAUCUCUGGCGCUGAGCAGCAGUCGCAUAUCGAGGAAGCUCACGGCCCGUACGAGUGUGCUAUUGAUCAACUGAAACAUUUACAAGUCCAUCACAAGAUGAGCUGGGAUGCGUGUGCUUGUGUAAUCGUUAGAUUGUGGAGGUCUGGCUCUACAACAGUCCGAUCUGAGCACUUAUCCAACAGCAACAGGAAGGCUGAGUGGGAGAAAUGCUCCGUCUGCGUUCCACAGCAGAUGACUGAGGUGAUGGAACCCAUUGGUGAUGCCUAG